CUUCGCCCUUCUUAUCCCCUUCCCCAAUCUGUUCACUCCAUUCACCCGUAAUAGCUUUUCUCCCCGUCAUUUCUCCUUCUGCAUUCAUCGUGAUCGGAACCGGGCUCUCUUUCAGUCUCCUCCAUUCCUCCCUGCAUUAUUAUCCAUUAACGAUAAUAAUGGUCUUGGUUGAGGAUCGGAGGCAAUUCACCCGCAGCGGGGCACCAUCUAGGUUAAAUACAGUGCGAAUGUGCGAUUAAAAGUUUAUCCAGAGCUUGCUUUCCAAUUGCAUCUAUGGAUUCCAUAUUCAUCCCGAAUUAGCUUUCUCUUCUUUACCAAUAUUACCUCCAUCGCCCAGCCAUAUAACACGAACAGUCAUCAGUCCAUGUAAUUUUGGGAUUUGGACGCGAUUUUCACUAUGGGUCAUCCGGAAACAGUCUCUCUGUGCUUUUUAGGACAGGCGUAAGACUGCCUACAUCCGACCCCCUUACCCCACAGUAGGUGGGAGCCUUUGCGGCACUGGGGUAAAUGAAAAUGAUGAUGAUGAUGAUGAAAUGUUGAUGUUUCGUAAAGUAUCAAUUUGUGGAACUUAUGAAGGCUAGCAGCAAUCCCAGCAACAGUCAGAAACAAGAGAGCAGAGGGAGCAUUGAUUAUUGAUAUGCAGGCCUUCAAAGAGCAAAGUGAAAAUUCAAUUUUUGAGGGCCGAAGUCUUGAUUUCUGGCAUAACACUCUCCACCCAUAGAAUCAGAAAUCAUCCAAUUCGCAUCUGCAAAUGACGUACAUUCAGCUAAGCAAUUUCCUCUUGGAAAUCUCCCCAUCAAGGGAAUUUAUUUACCAAUUAACAUUUCGAUCUCCACUGAAUAUAUACGUUGUCGCAGGGGAGCAGAAUGCCGGCCUACAUGUCAUUGCUGCAUAGGCAGUUCCAGGCGAUGGCGGCUCUCCCUUCCGCUGUCGAAACUGAUGCAUGCUUCAAGUCUAGCUGGAUCGGAGCUCUGCGUGGAAGAAAAUGACGGUCAGUUAAUUUGGACUCCUGCAAACGAUGGUAGAUUUAAUCUUUCUUCUGCGUAUAAUGAGGGAUGCCCAAAUUCAACAUCAUCUGAGAAUCGCAAUGACCACCGCGGAACUCCUUCAUAUCGAUCCUUUAGAUCUCAAGUUUCCAUUUGAGCUGAAGAAGCAGAUCUCUUGCUCGAUUCAGUUAUCAAAUAUAAGUGAAAAUCAUGUCGCUUUCAAGGUCAAGACGACUAAUCCAAAAAAGUACUGCGUUCGCCCCAAUACGGGCGUUAUUUUUCCUCGAUCCACUUGUGAUGUAGUAGUAACAAUGCAGGCACAAAAGGAGAUGCCUGCUGAGAUGCAAUGUAAGGACAAGUUUUUACUUCAGAGUGUAGUUGCAAGUCCUGCGACAAAUCCAAAAGAUGUUACUUCUGACAUGUUCAACAAGGAAGCAGGGAAGUUAGUGGAAGAGUGCAAGUUGAAAGUCGUAUAUGUGUCUCCGCCUCAGCCACCGUCACCAGUUGCAGAGGGUUCAGAGGAAGGUCUAUCACAAAGUCCAACCUUGACAGAGAAUGGCAAUGCAAACUGUUUCGAGGCGUCAAGAUCUUUUAGCGAUUCAUUUGACAAAUCUUCUGAGACAAAGUCACUUAUUUCAAAACUGACCGAGGAAAAGCUUGCUGCAGAUCAACGAAACAACAGGCUUCAUCAAGAACUGGAGCUCUUGAAGCGUGACACCCACAGAAGUCAUAGAGGUGGUGUCUCAUUUAUAUUUGUCAUCAUUGUUGGUUUGCUUGGUGUGAUCUUGGGUUACAUUGCGAAGAAAUGAAGGCGCACUUAUUUUAGGACACAUCUUUCUGUUUCCAACUUCCCUCCACGGAAAUCCCAACAUUUUCCUGUAGAAGAUAGAACUAUAGGGGGUGGCAUGGAAAGAAAUUUUGAAACCGUUAGCUCAACAAAACUCAUCUCACGUUGGUGGUGGUUUUGGAGAUUUUUUUUGCUCAGCUAUUUGUUUGUUCAUUGGUCUGGUCUCCCUCUGUUAACCCUUCCUUUUUAUGCAAGUCCCAACAAGCAUGAAAUAUUUUGUAAAGACUGCCCUAAAAUUUUCAUUCCAGCUGUUAUGCCUCAAAAUGCGACAAUGA